AUGGAGAAGGAAGCGCAGUUGAGGAAGCUUGUGGACUCGGUGUCUCCGAGGACAGCUCAUCAGUACAAGUCGUACGGUGACAGGUAUAUCAGAUGGCUGAGGGAAAGGGAGGUCUUGGAGCGGGGGGAGGUCGAGGAAGAGGUGUUGUACAGGGAUUUGCCGUUUUCGAGCCAUCUGGUGCAUUGGUUUCUCAUAGAGACGGUGGUGCGGGCCAGGGAGCACGGCGAUGGUGACGAGGAGGAUGGCAGGGUGGCGAGUUUGAAAAAGGUUAUUAGCAGCUUGAAGUUUUUGCACAGGCUCUGCGCUAUCCAUGGUAACAAGUGUUCGCUCGACGAAAAAUAUCUGGAAAAUGUGGUCAGACUGCACUCGAACUGGGCGUCGUCGAGGAGUGCGAGGCAGACCAGUCUGCCGGUGGUGAAGAUCUCGCUGAAUUUGUGGAAUUGCUACACAGAGACGCUGUCCGAGAAGUACUUCAGGACGUGUCUGGAAAAGCUGAGAUUUCUGGUGGAUUUCCAUUUCAGGGUGUACACGAACCUGUCGUACGAGCAGAGAUGCAAGACCAGGCUGUCUGAGUUGCAGAGCGUUGAGGGCGGCGUGCUGUGCAUGGACCGGAAAACGUGGUCGUCGCUGCAGGCGUAUCUGCCGAAUUCGUCGCCGCAGGUGAGAUCGCACAUGCCGCUGGCGGUCCAGCCGCAGGCGCUGCCCUUUGUGUGCCCGCUUACGUCGCUGGCUGCUUACCUGUAUUUGCGGUUUUACGGUGUCAGCUCUGUGACUAAGGGCGACGGUUUCCCCAACUUGCUGGCGAGCGGCGCUGAUAGCGACACCUGGCGCGAGUUGCCUCUGAUACGGGGCAAAUCGCUGUCCGACUAUCCAAGAGAGGAGACGCUGAGCAACUAUUACUCUACGGUGUUUCGAUACUGCCAUUUGCCGUACAAGAGGCGCGAGUACUUCAACAGGAGUAGUCUCGAGUAUCCGACUCUGUCGAGCCAAGUGUUCAACGAUUUUUUCCAACAGGAUUCCAGCGCCAAGGCGUCCGCUUUCCCAAACAACGUGCCCUUCGACUUUUAUCAGAUCAUGAACUUCAGGUCACCUUAUCGAUGUAAGGAAAAAAAUGCAGAUGAGACGGGAGCUCCGCAGGGCCUGCUUGUUCAGGUGUUCCCCGAGAUUGAACAGUACAAGCGAAAAUAUGAAGAGCUGACCGCGGACGCCAAGCAAUUUCUGCAAUUAAUGGAGCGCUUGAGGGAGCGGCUGGUGCUCAAUUUGCCCUGGAUUCAUAAUUUUUUUCCUCAACACGACCUUUUCAGAGAUCCCAUCUUCCAAAACGCAGAUUUCCAGUCCUAUUUUCAUCAGAUCAUUGGUAACCAUCUUGGGAGUGACUCUAACGUUGUGCCAUUUGAUGUCUUACCAGGUUUCGACAGGUUGACCCGGGGAGCCCUCCAGGACCUGCUGAUGGAGCCACUUAAAGUCGGCCCAGAGGAUCACACGGUGCACGGAUCUGCUAAUGGACCACCGCCAGCUGCUGGCCUAGGGGCGGAUGAAGUCUUGAGCAAAACUUAUCAGUUCGUUCAAUACCAGACGCUCACGAAUUUCCAGAUGCUUCUUUCCUCCUUAUCAAGCAUUUUUGAUAAGCUAGACAUGAAGAAAUCAUCUAGAGAGUUUAUGAUUCAUCAGCUGAACCUUCUACAGGAUACCAUUAGGGAGAACAUCAAUGUCUCGAAACCGCAAGAUGUCGGAGAAUAUUUGAAGAAGGAAGAACAGACAGCCGAAGAAGCUGAUAAAGAUCAAGAGAAGCGGAAGCAUAACAACGGAUUAUUCGCAAUCGAUGAUGCGCAGGAAGACGAAAGCGAAGAGGAUAUCAACGGUGAUGACCUCCAAGAGGAACUCAAGUUUAUGGUCAAUGAAUUGGUCGGUGAUAGAGUUAGGUCCACAAUGAAACUGCAAAUGGAGCAUUGGGAAGCCAAAAUUCAAGAAAUGAUCACCAGAACAGUCAGUGAUGAAAUAGCAAAAGCCUUCGCUCAAAAUGAAGAGCCAAACAGAAAGAAACCGAGACUGAGUGCAACACCGUCCCUCACCAAUAAUCAAUCUACGUCCAGCAUUGCAGCUCCGAUUGACGACACGGUGGGGACAUUCAAGAUGAACUCAGAUCUUACUACCGUCGAAGACGUCAUACUCGAAUGGUUUACGCCGAACCCUAACAUGAACAACCAAUGUGUCCACUCAAUGAACAAAUCGCAUGGAAAGGACUGGAGAAAAGGUUUCGAAAAGCUGUACAAAGAGAGAAAGCUUAUCGUCGAAUUCUACAUUUUCUUGGUGAAUCAAAAAGAAGUUGAUAGAUAUGAAGCAGUAGCAAUCAGCGAACGUCUCAGAGAUGCCCGCUCAGAGGGCAGUACUUUGAGUUCUCUCGCGAAGCUACUCAGAGAUUGGAAGAAAGAUCAUGACAACUCCUUCGAGGGCCUAGUGAAGGAUCUAUAG